CCUGAGUCUGCAAUUUUCAAAUUCUGUAGAUAAUUGCUCGAGCAAAUGAAUUGGGGGAGAAUCCAAUUAGUUUGAGCAGACGUUAUUGUGAAGAGUUCCAUAAUGAUAUGGUUUGUCUCCAUUGCUUAACCCCUUCUGUAGAACCACGUGUCUCAGAUCACAUGUCCCAAAUCAUUGACAUGAUCAAACAGAUUAUUGAUAAUGGGUGUGCCUACGAAAUUGAUGGGGAUGUCUACUUCUCAGUUGACAAAUUCCCAGAAUAUGGACGAUUAUCUGGGCGAAAAUUAGAGGAUAAUCGAGCAGGUGAAAGGAUUGCUAUUAACUCUAGAAAGAAAAAUCCGGCUGACUUUGCUCUGUGGAAGUCUGCCAAAGAAGGUGAGCCCUUUUGGGAGAGUCCAUGGGGUCUUGGAAGACCUGGAUGGCAUAUUGAAUGCAGUGCCAUGAGUGCUGCUUAUCUGGGUUACUCUUUUGACAUCCAUGGUGGAGGAAUGGACCUUGUAUUUCCUCACCAUGAAAAUGAAAUUGCUCAGAGCUGUGCAGCGUGUAAUCAUAGUAACAUAAGCUACUGGAUACACAAUGGUUUUGUCACAAUUGACUCGGAAAAGAUGUCCAAAUCCCUGGGAAAUUUCUUCACGAUUAGGCAGGUUAUAGAUCGCUACCAUCCCCUUGCUUUGAGACUUUUCUUAAUGGGGACCCAUUAUCGAUCUCCAGUCAAUUAUUCUGAUGUGCAACUUGAAACUGCUUCUGAGCGAGUUUUCUACAUCUAUCAGACAUUACAAGAUUGUGAAAACGUUCUGAGCCAAUACAAUGAAUCUAUCCAGGAGGAUUCCAUACCUCCUGACACUGCAAAGUGCAUCAAUAAGUUCCAUGAUGAUUUUCUGGCCUCAAUGUCAGAUGAUCUUCAUACUCCAGUAGUUUUGGCAGCGUUAUCUGAACCCUUAAAAACUAUGAAUGAUCUGCUACAUACUCGUAAGGGAAGGAAGCAGGCAAUGCGAAUUGAAUCACUUGGAGCUCUAGAAAAUGUAAUCAGGAAUGCUCUAUCCAUCUUGGGGCUGAUGUCCACUUGUUAUUCUGAGGUUUUGCAGCAGCUGAGGGAAAAGGCAUUGAAGCGUGCUGACUUGACAGAAUCUCAAGUCUUGGAAAAAAUUGAGGAAAGGACAGGUGCUAGAAAGAGCAAAAAUUAUGAAAAAUCGGAUGCAAUUCGGAAAGACUUGGCUGCUGUUGGGAUUGCUCUUAUGGACAGUCCAGGUGGCACAACUUGGAGACCGGCCAUUCCUUCUGCACUGCAGGAGCAAUGAGUUCCUAUGGCUUGCAUCACAUUUUACAAUCUGCACAUUCUAGAAUUUUUGGGUUGACACUGUUUUCGCUUUUUCAGUUAAGGAAAACUUCAAAGAUGCAUUACAGGAUAUCGGAGCAUAAUAGGGGUUAAUCAUCAAGAGGAACAUAUUUUGUAUUAAGUUAUGGCUAGAGAACCGGCUAUGAUGAGAAAUUUCAGUGUAGCUCAGCUCAUGUAAUGACACAUUCUUUAUAUCAGGACUGGAAGCUAUGCUGUAUUCAAUAUGACUUCGUUUUAAUUCGUCUAUCAGGGUAUAAAGAUGCAAAUUAUGUGCUUGGUUUUGCU